GGCCGCCCGCUUGUUCUCGCGUCAUGCCGCCGCCGGCCGCCACGAGGCUCCAGCGCUGAGCGCGGCACGCCGUACGUCCUCGCGCCCUCUCCCGGCGCCCUGACUUCCCCACGACCAACGUUCUAUUCUCGUAAUUGAUAGUACGCGAUCAGCUGAUCGAAGCGUGCACCGGCUCCAUCGACACGCCUGUACAUGUGCUACGAUUACAAAUACUACGUUUGUGCUAUAAUGUAUAUGUAUUUGGUGGUUGACGGAUAUUUAUCGUGUACCGGUGUGCACAUUUUCGUAUCUCGAGGGGAAUUGUUCUGAGAACUUGCUAAAAUGAAGAUCUGUACGUAUCUGCUGCUAAGUUUUUUAGUUCGCGUGUCACCGGAGCCACGGAGAGCACCCAACAUUCAGGAGCCCCCGCACCACGUCGAGUUCAGCAAUGACACCGGCGCCAUGCUCAGCUGCACCACCAACGGGCAAUACCAGCUGGACUGGCUACUGUCGGACAACACGCCAGCGACGACGCUGACUGGCUUGCGGCGAGUGCUGGCCAACGGCUCGCUGGAGCUGCAGCCGUUUGCGGCGGAGUUUUUCAGGCGGGACGUCCACGCCACCACCUAUAGGUGCCGACUGCGGUUCAGCGGCGGGUAUGCGGUACUGUCCAGGAACAUCCAUGUGCAUGCAGCCCUCAGCACGAGGUGGGAAGUCCACGUACCAGACGAGUACGCCAUAGCGGGCAACGCGGCCGUGUUGCGAUGCAUCGUGCCGCCACACUGCGCUGAGCGCGUCGCCAGUACCGACUGGUUCACUGACGAUGACGUCAGUGUGUUUCAUUAUUUAGGUUUAAAAUAUCACCGCCUGGACGAAGGUUCGCUUUACAUAAGCGCUGUGCGUCCAGACGAUCGGCACAACAGGUUCCGGUGUAGAGUGCGCGACCGCAUCACUGGAAAUACCUAUAGAAGUCAAUAUUUUGGUCACAUAAUAGUGACAGAGCCAAAAGGAGGCGUGAGGCCACGUGUGGCCGUUGAGCCUCGCUCGCGACACGUCCAGGCCGGACAAGAUGUCCGGCUGCCGUGCGCUGCGCACGCGUGGCCUGUUCCUACAUACAGGUGGUUUCGCGAGCACCACGAGCAACUGACUCCGAUCGAGGAGACGACGCAGUGGCAACGCGCGCGGCUGCUCGGCGGCGGGCUGCUCCACAUAGAGAAACUACGCCGCGAAGACGCCGGCAGAUACGUGUGUUGGCUCAACAACACCGUCGGUAGCGAGUCUGUGCACUUCACUAUUAGUGUUACAGAGCCAAUAUCCGUCCGAAUAAAACCCGAGAUUCAACGAUCAAAAAUAAACUCCGACCUGAGUUUUGAAUGUAAAGUAACGGGACAUCCGAUAGAGCUCGUGUAUUGGGUACACAAUGGCAAAGAUUUGAGUCCAAACGAUAGAAUCAAAAUAUCAGAAAACGGCCUAAGGUUACAUAUCAAAAAUUCUCAGAAAGAAGACCAAGGGAUCUAUCAGUGCUUUGGCAGUAACUCGAGAGAUCAAGCUUAUGGAAUUUCAGAGUAUUCAGCGGAUCUGACCGAGGGCCGGCCGACGGGGAACCGCUCCAGACGUGCACCCUUCGCCCGAAGCACGCACACACAUGAUGCUGACUGGAACUUCACAGGGACUAGAGAAUCAAAACCGGAGUUAGUGUAUUGGUUCUCCGAGCAGACGUUACAACCUGGUCCCAGCGUGUCCCUCAAGUGCGUCGCCAUGGGCCACCCGCCGCCCCAGUUCACGUGGCUACUAGACGGCUUUCCCAUCCCCACAAACUCUAGAUUUGUGGUCGGACAACACGUAACUCUUCAAGAUGACGUGGUCAGCCAUCUUAACAUAAGUCGUGUGACGGAACAAGAUGGCGGCGAGUUCACGUGCGUAGCAUCAAACACGGCGGGCAAGGCGUUUCACGCGGCCCGAGUGAACGUGUACGGGCUGCCUUACAUACGGGAGAUGCCCAAAGUGACAGCAGUGGCUGGCAGCGACUUGCAGAUCAAAUGUCCCGUCGCUGGCUAUCCUAUUGAAACGGUCACGUGGGAAAGAGACGGCCAGACGCUUCCACUAAACAGAAGACAGAAAGUAUUUCCAAACGGCACGUUGAUAGUGGAACAGACACAACGCGGCGAGGAUGCGGGCACAUACACUUGUCAGGCGACGAAUAGACAACGACAUGCCGCUAGGAGAGAUGUGGAAGUGCAGAUACUGGUUCAACCAAAGAUCCUACCAAUACCAGCAUUGACGAACUUACUACGCGAAGGUAUGAGGGCUGCGAUAUCAUGUCAGAUCUUAGAAGGCGACUUGCCUGUCGCGUUUCGUUGGGAGAAGAACGGGCAGCCUGUGACGUCAUCGCCGUAUGCUCCGAGCGGCAUCAUCACCAGGCGAAUGGACGAAUACAGCGCCUCGCUGGUGAUAGAACAAGUGACGUCACUUCACAGCGGCAACUAUACGUGUAUAGCUUCAAACGUGGCUGGCUCUGAGCGGUUUACCGUACCGCUCACGGUUAAUGUUCCACCGAGAUGGAGACUGGAGCCAAACGACGUGGCAGUGGCGGCGGGACAGGACGUCACGCUGCACUGCCAGGCUGAUGGCUACCCCAAGCCCGCCAUCACGUGGAAGAAAGCCGUCGGCAACACACCGGGGGAGUACAAGGACUUCAUGUUCGAAGGCAGUUCUAGAGUGUUAGAGAACGGAUCGCUGGUGUUUGAGCGAGUCGCGAAGGACAGCGAGGGACAUUACCUCUGCGAAGCACGGAACGACAUCGGCGCCGGACUCAGCAAACUCAUCUUCUUGAAGGUUAAUGCACCGGCAAGGUUUCCAAUGAAGAGCAAGACAGUGCAAGUAACAGCAGGAGAAGCGGCGCACCUGCAGUGCGCGGCGUCGGGUGACGCGCCGCUCGAGGUCAGCUGGCGCAGUCCGCACCACCACACCAUCGCGCACCAUUUGGAUCAGAGAUACACGAUCCGUGAACAAGUUCUAGACGAUGGACUGGUGUCGGAGCUGAGCAUCCUGCAGACGUACAGGCAGGACACGGGCGCGCUCACCUGCAGGGCGUCCAACGCGUACGGGCAGGACGAGAUGCUCAUACACCUCGUUGUGCAGGAGGUUCCCGAGAUGCCUAAAAACAUAAGAAUAAUAGAUCAACAAUCUCGAUCCAUACAAAUAUCUUGGACACAACCUUACGCCGGCAACAGUCCCAUCAUCAAUUACAUUGUGCAGUACAAAGAAGCUCCAGAGCCGUGGCCGACGACUCCGCAAAAAGUGAUAGUGCCGGGCAGCGUGACGUCAGCAAAUGUACAGAAUCUACAACCAGCCACGUCGUAUCAUCUAAGAAUCAUCGCCGAGAACAGACUGGGGCAGAGCGAGCCGAGCCAGCUUAUACAAGUCACUACCACUGAAGAAGUGCCAAGCGGUCCUCCAGUAGACGUGCGAGUGGAAGCCAAAAGUUCGACGGAGCUGAUCGUGAGCUGGGAGCCGCCGCAGCGAGACUUGUGGAACGGCAACAUACUAGGAUACUACGUGGGAUUUCAAGAGCUAAACAGCAACAGCACAGUGUUGAGCGCAAGCGGUCCUGGCGGUGCGUCCUACACUGUGAGGACGGUGGAGGGCGCCGGCACGGCCCGCGCCAGGACCACGCUCUCCGGGCUGCAGAAACACGCCACGUACGCGGUGGUCGUGCAGGCGUACAACAGCAGGGGCGCGGGGCCAGCCUCGCCACCCACUACCGCCACUACUAUGGAAGAUGUGCCGAGUCUACCGCCAGGAGCACUUCAAUGCACAGCACUUAGUUCUCAGUCUGUGCGUGUCUCGUGGGAGCCGCCGCCGAUGCGCGGGCGCAAUGGCGUGUUACAAGGAUAUAGAGUCACAUACGCACCCGUCACGGAUUGGUAUGGCAACGAAGAAGCGGUAACAAAACAAAUAUCUGGUCUGCACACGACGUUGUCUGGACUGCGGCGGUACACCAACUACUCGGUGACGGUGUGCGCCUUCACCGCGGCGGGGGACGGCGUCCGCGCCGCGCCCGUCUACUGCCAUACUGAGGAGGACGGUAAAGAGGGCACGCACAAGCGCAUGUUGUCUCCGAGCACGCUGUCGCACGAGACGGCGCGCUCGCCGCCGCGCGCCACGCACCAGUUCUGGGUGUCCGCCUCCACGCGCCUCGGGGAGGGCGAGGCCACGCGAGUCGUCACCGUACUGCCUUCUGAAUCUGUGCCAGCAAGGAUAACGUCAUUCAGCAGAAAUAUAGUGACACCGUGGAAGGAAAAUAUAUCGUUGUCAUGCAACAAAGUGGGGGUGCCGUCCCCCUCCACCACGUGGAGUAUGAACGGGGUCGCGCUGGAGUCCACGCUGAGGAAAAAUGUUAGCGGCGACGGCACACUUAUUAUAAGCAUGACUCAGUCAGCGGACAGCGGCAACUACACGUGCUCGGUGGAGAACAUCCACGGGAGGGACGAGGUGACGUACAGCGUGGAGGUGAAGGUGCCGCCGCAGCCGCCCGUGCUCGCCGUCGUCGACUCCUACGCAGACUCCUUGCAUCUGCAGUGGAGUGACCAGGGGGACGGCGGCAGCCCUAUCCUCGGCUACGUGAUAAACUACAAGCGCGAGCACGGCGACUGGGAGGAGCUGCAGGUGGAGGCAGGCGCGUCGGAGCACGUGCUGCCGAACCUGUGGUGCGGCACGCGCUACCAGCUCUACAUCACCGCCUUCAACCGCAUCGGCACCGGCCUGCCCUGCGACAUCGUGCACGCCUACACCAAGGGCACCGUGCCGGUGAAGCCGAAGCACUCCCAGAUGAUAACGCUGAACACGACGACGGUGACGGUGUGGCUCGACUCGUGGGGCGACGGCGGCUGCGGCAUACUCUACUUCGUCAUAGAGUACCGGGAGAUCAGCCAGUCGCAGUGGCGGCUGGUGUCGAACAGCGUGCAAGCGACGGAGCGCGUGUUCAGCGUGCCCGGCCUCACGCCCGCCACGCAGUACCAGCUGCGCAUCACGGCGCACAACAACGCGGGGCACGCCGUCGCGCUCUACAACUUCACCACGCACUCCAUCAGCGGCAUGUUGGACGGCGAGCUGUCUCCGCCGGUGCCGGCGGCGGGCGCGCGGUCGCUGGGCGGCGCGCGCGUCAUCCUGCCCGCCGCGCUCUCGCUGCUCGUCUUAGGAGCACUCGUCGCCAUCGUCUUCCUCGUCAGGAGAAAUAAGACGGGCGGCACCGAGACGGCUGCGACGGAGAGCGGCGUGGGCGAGUCGCCGUCGGUGGCGCAGCUGCAGAACAAGCAGAACCGCGACCAGCAGUACCUCGCUGCGCGUGCGCAACACCCCGCGCCCACGCAUCACUACAAACACGCAUCUAACGAGUACAUAGAGGACAUCUGCCCGUACGCGACGUUCCAACUGACAAAGCCGACGGCGUACAGCGAGAGCAGCUACAGCGGCAACGUGUACAGCGGCCCGUACCACUCCGUGCGCGGCUCCUUCGUCUACCACGACCUCAAGCAGAACGACAAGUAUAAGGGCAAAGAGCCGGAGUACACAAAAGUGCGAAGAAAAGGCAACAGGCUACGAGAUCCGCAUUCAGAAAGCCAAGAGUCGGACAACUUGGGCUCGACGGACUCGGAGGUGAAGAAGAUACUAACGCUGCACCUGCCCAUUACAGAGUACGAGGACGACGCCAGCGACGACGCGAGCGCGCCGCACUCCGACAGCGAACACGCCGCGCGCCUGCGCCCGCACCACCCCGCCUCCUAUCCAAGCGUAGAGCGCGAAGAAUCGUCUUCAUCAUCAGAGAACUCAGUGGGCGGCGUGGUCCGCAAGGCGUUCCCCUCGCGCAAGGGCAAGGCCGGCGCGCUCGGCAAGCGGCACGUGCGCUCCUCCAGCGGGUACAGCAGCCACAACGACGAGACCACCUUCAGUAUAUCAAACUACCCGUCAUUCAACGAGCACAUCCACCCACCGUCUCGGUUCUCAGACGACACGGAGUGCUCGGCGCACGCGCGGCGCAAGCGCGCGCCGCAUCCCCCGCACGCGACACACGCGACACACGCGACACACGCGACUCACGCGCCGCGCCCCGCCCACGCCAUGACCGACCACAAGAUGGCGCGCGAAGCCUUUCAGAUUAACGUGUGAGACACCGACACCACAGGUGCCCACACCUAUAACAUGAAGCUCGCAUGAGAACUCGAACAUACCAGCUGAUGUUCAACAUGGCGGCCAACGACGAAUUCACGUUUAAAACCUAACGGACAUUCAGUGUUUUCGAGUUAAAUGUAAUUUAUUGAUGUGUAGUAGCAAAUUAUGCUGCAUCCCAAAACAAGGGCAUUUUUAUGGGUUCAGACCCACAAAUGUACGCAACUUUUUCUACAAUAACGAAAAAAAAUUACACACUAAAAUUGAUCUGCAAUUAAGGUUGAUUAGGUCACUCGACAUUUAAUUGUCAUUAUUAGACGGCAUUAAAAUGAAAAAAUAUGGGAAGCGGAAAUGAGCUGAGCUAUUGAUUGUUAUUUAAAACAUUGCUGUGUUUCGUAUAUAACUGCAAACCACAGACCACGGCCGCAUACUGCAGACUGCACAUGUAUGUACCACACAUAAAAAUUUCGUAAAUAUUAAAAAAUAAUAAGGGUCGCUUGCAGUCUGUGUUUUUCAGUCGUAUACGUAAUACAACAUGGUAUCAACAUUAUCAACAUACGACAGACGUUAUGACAAUACCCUGUUUUCAAUUCCAGAUCAUUUUAUUAUUCCAUGCCAGUCUAUUUUAAAUAGAAAAACAUAUUCCCAGAUUAUCAAAUUAUAACCGAGUUACUUUUGCCAAAUUAAUGCUAAACCUUUAAUUUUUAUGUAUCACAAACUUUUUGCUUUACGGAACAAUCUACAUUGUUGUCUUAAUGUUGCCAAAAUUCGUACAUUUCCACAUAUUAAAUUGUGUACAAUUGUAGAUAGAUAGUGAUAGAGGUCAUUUAUUCUUUAGUGUCACGUUUAGACAGCCAAUAUCAUUUUGUACUCUGGAAUCCAGAUUUCGACAUAGGCAUGGUGUGAAACGAUAUUAUGAAAUUGGUCUAGAUAGGUUCUUAAACGCUAUCGUUAUGUAAAUACUACUGUAAUUAAUAAUAAGUACACUAUCGAAAUGAAAAGUAAGGAGAACAAUAAUUAAAAUAAAAAUAUAUAUUUUAAACUUAAUGCCUUAUUGACCAAAGUCUUAAAACUAGUUACGGGUGUAAUUGUAAAAUUAUAUCCCAUAUUUAAAUACGAAUUGUUUGAUUGUUGUAAAGUUUAUGAAAACAUCCAAGUUUUCAUCGGCAAAUCUUAUCACUGUCUAUAACAUUAAGAUUUGAUGUAAAUUACAAUUUUCAAGUACAUAUUUAUGUCUUAGAAAUACGAUAAACGUUUGUAAAGUGCCAAUGGCGGACUAUCGCCACGCAUUAUAUGUAACAUACAACUAUAACUGUGUACAAAAUCAUUGCGAGUAAAUACGUCAUGUUCUGGCAUCCGACGUUCGUACAUUUAAGAUUUAACGGUUAACACAUUUAAAUCUUGACGAAUUAGAAGAAUAAGUCAGUGUUGUCUUCUUUGAUUAAUGCUGAAACUCAGCAAUGUUGUUAACACAGAACUGCAUUACGUACUCACAUAAGCCUGAUAGCCUAUAUCCAAUCGACUAUUUACCCAUUAUUUAUUUAAAUCGACUAACUCGUGUUAAUGUAUGACUUAAAUCGCAGAGUUUACCUUUACUCGAAUGUCUAAGUAAUAUUACCCACAUCUAGGGCAAGAAUAAACUACUGAAUUUUCAGGAUCAGACUGUUAUCUAUACCUACCGUUUAUGCUUUUUAAAAUAAUCAAUGUAAUUAAUCGAAUGUUAGUAUAUACAAUCCUCAGUAAACAGUAACACAAGACAAUACACUUACCUAUAGCUUGGUGAAUAUGGCAGAAAGUUAACUUUGUAUAUUUCGAUUGUAUCUCGUUGUAGACAUAGUUUACGAGUGUUGAACACACUGCAUUUUGUAUUUGACGGCGCGUGCUCACAUAUUGGCCAAGUUUGGAUCCAAGUCGAUAUCGAUACCGCAACGAACGUACAUUUAUCGUUUACUCAAACCUUCCCCACUACAGUUCCCCAAUACUUGGAUCCAAAUUAAUCAGUCCAACACUGUGAGCUCCAUGCAAACAAUUUUAAACUAAGUUGUGUGAUUUUUUAAUAAUUUUACGAUUGUUUACGUUGACUCUGUACUCUGUAGUGAUUCCAACGAAGACUGCCCUAAAUUUAAUUGAAAUCUAUUUUAUAUAAUCUAGACACAAAUACCUAGUCAAUAUGAAUUUACGUAGGUUUUCGUAGUCGAUAUUAUUUGAACAUUAAACACUAUUUGACGACGUAUAUACUAGCACAUGCCAAAAUUAACAAAUAAAAGUAAAUUGUAAUAUGAAAUUUGUUACCGAAAUUCUGAAUCACACUUUUGAUAACAUUAAAAAAUUCACAUAAUGUGGCAAAAAUUCAAUGUAUCAUUUACACUAGUCAUUCAUUCUGAAUUAUUCUAGUCAAUGUACCAUAUCAUUUUUAAAGUUUUGUUAAUAAUAAAAUAAAUAAACAUGAAUAAUUGUAAGGGUUAGUUGAUCAUGUUGUUACAGAUAUGUUUUUAUAAUGCAAACAAAAUGAGUUAUUAUAGGAUUGUAUGAUGUGAACGAAAUAUAAAAAAUCAUUUACUU